CCAGAUCAUUCAAUCCUCUUCUGUUUAUCAAUUUACACAGAAACACGCAAUCAUGCCGUCCUUCAAAACGAACUCAUCACUACCAAUCAUCAUCCACCUCCCAGGCGAAAACCCCGCGGAAACAAGCCUGCAGAACCUUCUUAUCGGCAUUACCACCGUUAUUCUCGCUGUAGCGUCUUUGACUGUCGCGAUCCUUCAGUUACUUCGAAGGACAAGGGAAUGAGAACAUUACUCAGAACGACUUCUUAUUCUCGACGUUCAAGAUCGUCUAUUCUCACCCCAAUAGUCAUGAAAGAGCAUCACCCACACCACCCAACAAGGCGGAGACUCAAGCAUUAUGAUUUAGCCGCUAAAUCACGACUCAACGCUCCGUGCACAUCUCGUCAAAAUAAUCAAGUGCAUGAAAGAGAAAGAGCAGAUCUAAAGCGAACCAUGAUGGCUGGUGUACACGUAGGAAGAGAGAACGGGAGUGAAUCAGCCAGUGUGUACAUGGACCAAAGUAUUGAUGGCUGGACA